AUGUCUGAAUUAUCAUUAAGUCCAUUUGAAAUUGAUCAAAUUCAAUCUUCUUGGAAUAGAAUUUCCAAUAAGAAUAAUUUUUAUAAUGAAUUAUAUUUAAAUUUAAUUGAAAAGAAUCCAAAUUUAGGUGAAAUUUUCAAUCAUGACGAAUCAGUAAUUACUCAUCAUGCUAAAACAUUUGGUGAUUGUUUUAAUUUUGUUGUUUCCAAUAUUGAAAAUGUUGAAAUUAUUGAAGAAUUCAUUUAUUCAUUUGUACAAGAAAACCAACGUUUUUCACAAAUGUCAACUAAAUAUUUAGAACCAAUGGGAAAUUCCUUAAUUUUAACAUUGAAACAAUUUUUAAGAAGUUAUUCAACAAGUGUAUUGGAAUUAACCUGGGUUAAGGUUUAUGUUUAUUUUGCUAAUUCAAUUUUACAAAAUGAAGAAGAAAUUGUUUCUGAAACAAGUUCACUUCUGGAUGAUUAUUAUGUUCCACCUUUAAAUCUUUCAAGAGAAAGAUCAACUACUAGUAGAAGACAAUCUGUUGAUACACUUCCUACUCCACCACCAAAGGAGAACUUUGAAAUUAAAUCAUCUCCAUUACCAUCACCACCACAUGAACAACCAGUUGAACCUCCUGUUAUUGGAUAUGAUAAUUCUAAACCAAAUCAAGUAUUGGAUAAAUUUAAUUCAAUUGAAAUUGAUUUGAAAUCAAAUGAUAAAUAUAAAGGUUUUAGAAGAUCAGUUGAUGUUGCUGCAUCUCCAGUUAAAGUUGCCAUUCCAACCACAAAUACAUUUCAAAAAACUUCUAGUCAUAUGUCUGCUACUUUACAAUUGACUUCACCACAAUCAAAUAUGUCUUCUUCAUUAAGAAGUAUUUUAGAUAAUGAGGAAGAUUACUUCAAAGGUUCUCCAAAACCUUCAUUUGAUCCAAGAAGAAGAAGAAAUGGUAAUACUAGUGGUUAUGCUUCUCCAAUCACUACUACUCCAUCAAGUCCAAGAGUACAAUCUAGUGCUUCAAGUUUUACUGAUAGAGCUUUUGAAUCUCCAAGAAUGGUUCCUUCUGCUGUUAUGUCUCCAAGAAUUGCUCAACAACAACAACAACAACAAGAAGAAACCGAUAAUGAAGAAUUUGUUACUCCAAGUCAUAGUAGAAGAGGUUCAUUUUCUGAAAGUAAUGGUUAUUCAACUAGUUCAUUAUUGGCUAAAUUGAAGAAAUUCCAAGAUCCAAUUGAUACAGCCGUUGAAGACGAUGAAGAGGAAAGUAAUUCUGAUAAUUUAUAUGAAGCACCUUCAUUUGAUCCAAGACAAUUGAGAAGAAGAAAUGGUGAUUUGAAUAAACCACCACAACAAGAACAACAUAGAAUUCCAUCUCCUGAUUCAUAUGAAUUUGAUGAACAAGAAGAAGAAGAUUUAUUUAUUAAUAAAAUUAAAUCUCAAUCUCCACCAAUAAAAGAACAAAAGGAGGAAUCUAAGAAACAAACUGUCCCUGAAAGAUCAUUAUCUAGAGGUGGUAUCACUGGUGGCACUUUUGAUUAUCAGUCAUUUGGUUUGAAAGGUUUAGCUCCAAUUGUGGAAGAUGAUGAUGUUUCAAGUAAAUAUGAAUCUGAUGGUGAAAUUAGUAAUGAUAAAUUGUCAACUAAAUCAAGUAAUCAAUCUUCUUCUGCUUCAUCAACUGAUGGUGAUUCAAAUUCAAGAACUUCAUCAUUGUCAUUACAUAAUUCUGACUAUAAAUCUUCAUUUGUUUCAAGUAAUGGAGAAACUGAUUCUUUGGGAUUGAAGAAUUCUUCUCAUCCAUCUCAUUUACGUAAUGAAGUUCAUUCAAGAGCUACUUCAGUUGCUACUGAUGAUUUCCAGUUUGCAAUGCCACAACAAAAAUCAACUAUUGGUCAUAGAAAGAAUAAUUCUAUUUAUUCAUUGGGUGCUAAAUCAUCGAUGUCUAUGAAUUCUGUUUCUUCCACUGGUAGAGCUUCAUUAGGAUUCAUGAGAUCUUCAUUUGUAUUGAAGAAGGAAAUUGAAACCCAAGGUUAUAAUCAUCCAGAAAAUGUUGUUAUGCCAGGACUGAUGUCUGUUCCAGUUAGUCCAUCAUUGAAUAAGAAAUCAUCUAAUGACUCAUUAAGACCUUCAAGAAAUUCAAUUUAUUUGAAUAAUAAAGCUAAUUCAGUUUCAAGUUUUGCUGGUUUAAGAAAUAAAUAUUCAGGUUAUGCAAUUGAUAAUAAUUCCCCAGAAGAUUCUUCUUAUGAUUUGCUUAAUUCAUUUUCUCAAUCUCCACCACCUGUUCCAUUGAAGGAUAAUUUAAGAACUUCACAUUAUAAAUAUCACGAUGAGCAACCAAAGAAAAAGAGUGGAUUAUUAGGUAGAAUAUCAUCUAUUUUUUCUUCUUCAAAAUCUUCUUCUUCAUCAUCAUCUACUAAAUCCUCACCAACUCAAUCAAGAAAGAACUCAGUUACUGUUGGUUCAACUCAAGAUUCAUUUGUUGGUGUUGGUAAUAUGUCAAACUCAAAUGGUCGUGAAAUGACUGCACGUGAAUUCUAUCAACAACAACAACAACAAAAGCUACCAGCUCCAUUAUUUGCCGGUGGUAAUAGUAGAAAUUGUUCAGUUUCUCAUAUUCCUCCAGUUAUUCAUAAAGUUGAAUCAAGUGGAUGUUCAAUUUCAAAUGUUAGUUCAAGAAAAGGUACUACACCAUCAAUAAGUGGUAGUCGUGGAGGUAAUUCAUCACAAGUUUAUGGAUAUAAAUAUGGAUCCAAUCAUGAUUUAAAUUCAGUUUAUACUAGUGAAACAAGUACUUCGGGAUUUUCAAUGUUGAAAAAUACUAACAAGAGUGAUGUUAAAUUUGUUCCUCCAUUAACUAGACAUACUAGAAAGGGUAACAAAUAUAAUGUUAAGAAGGUUCCUUAUAACAUUUGGAAAUAA